ACGUCGCCCGAGAAGUUCGGGGAGGGAGGAGCUCGGACCGCCGGGGCUCGGGCGGCUGGCGCGCCUAGGAGGGCCAGGUGGGGCGAGGAAGCUCCUCCUCGACGCGUCGCCGCAGCCCAACUUGACCCCGGCCCCCGGGAAAGUCCGCUCGGGCUCCAAAGAGCAGCGGCUGGCGUGGGCCGCGCGGGCGAUGGGCUGCCUCGUGACCUAGUCCCCGGCGGCUGGCAGGGCCCGGCCGCUCCACCUCGGGCACGGGGGGCGGGUCCCGGCGCCCGAGCGCGGCCGAGGAGCCCCGGAAGCCUCCGAAGCGGCGGGCACACCCAGAGCCGGCCGGCGGCCCGAGCGCCCGCGCCGCGCGCGACCAUGAGCCGGGAGGCCAUCUGCAGCGCCCUGCCCACCAUUCCCUACCACAAGCUCGCCGACCUGCGCUACCUGAGCCGCGGCGCGUCGGGCACCGUGUCGUCCGCCCGCCACGCAGACUGGCGCGUCCAGGUGGCCGUGAAGCACCUGCACAUCCACACCCCGGUGCUCGACAGUGAAAGAAAUGAUGUUUUAAGAGAAGCUGAAAUUUUACACAAAGCUAGAUUUAGUUACAUCCUUCCAAUUUUGGGAAUUUGCAAUGAGCCUGAAUUUUUGGGAAUAGUUACGGAAUACAUGCCAAAUGGAUCAUUAAAUGAACUCCUACAUAGGAAAAUGGAAUAUCCUGUUGUUGCUUGGCCACUGAGAUUUCGCAUUCUGCAUGAAAUUGCACUGGGUGUAAAUUACCUGCACAAUAUGAAUCCUCCUCUACUUCAUCAUGACUUGAAGACUCAGAAUAUCUUAUUGGAUAAUGAAUUUCAUGUUAAGAUUGCAGAUUUUGGUUUAUCAAAAUGGCGUAUGAUGUCCCUCUCACAAUCACGAAGUAGUAAAUCUUCACCAGAAGGAGGGACAAUUAUCUAUAUGCCACCUGAGAACUAUGAACCUGGACAAAAAUCAAGGGCCAGUGUCAAGCAUGAUAUAUAUAGCUAUGCAGUUAUCACAUGGGAAGUCUUAUCCAGAAAACAGCCUUUUGAAGAAGUCACCAAUCCUUUGCAGAUCAUGUAUAGUGUGUCACAAGGACAUCGACCUGACACUAAUGAAGAAAAUUUACCAUUGGAUAUACCUCAUCGAGCACUCAUGAUCUCUCUAAUAGAAAGUGGAUGGGCACAAAAUCCAGAUGAAAGACCAUCUUUCCUAAAAUGUUUAAUAGAACUUGAACCAGUUCUGAGGACAUUUGAAGAGAUAACUUUUCUUGAAGCUGUUAUUCAACUAAAGAAAACAAAGUUACAGAGUACUUUGAGCACUAUUCACUUAUGCGACAAGAAGGAAAUGGUGUCAUCUCUGAACAUACCUGUAACUCAUGAGCCACAAGAGGAAUCGUGUGGAUCCUCUCAGCUCCAUAAAACUAGUGGUUCUACUGGAGCCUCAAAGUCCCUGUCAGCGUCUCAAGACAGUGAUUUUUUACCUAGAAAAACUCAAGACUUCUCUACGCUGUAUCACUAUCCAGUAAAUCACAGUUGUGAUAGUCACAUUUCUGUAGCUCAAAAGGUGACCUGUUGUGAUCACAGGACCGCCCCAUGCUCUUUAGCAGUAAUAAAUCCACUCUCAGCUGAGGGAAAUUCAGAGCGAUUACAGCCUGGCGUAGCCCAACAGUGGAUCCAGAGCAAAAGGGAAGACAUUGUGAGCCAGAUGACAGAAGCCUGCCUUAACCAGUCGCUGGAUGCUCUUCUGUCCAGGGACUUGAUCAUGAAGGAGGACUAUGAACUCAUUAGUACCAAACCUACAAGAACCUCAAGGGUCAGACAGUUACUGGACACCACUGACAUUCAAGGAGAAGAAUUUGCCAGAGUUAUAGUACAAAAGUUGAAAGAUAACAAGCAAAUGGGUCUUCAGCCUUACCCGGAAAUACUUGUGGUUUCUCUAUCACAAUCUUUAAAUUUAUGUCAAAAUAAAAGCUUGUAAGUGACUCUCUUUCAAGAAGAAAAGUUAUUCUAUGAGAGUAUUUUAUAUUUCUGUUGCCUUUAUCAUAUUGUUUUUACAAAAUCCACAUGAGUAUUAGAAGCUUUAAUGGAGUUUCUUCCUCAGGUAAAUAUUAGUCUUCUCCUGUGACAUUACAGUUUUUUGGGUUUUUUUAAUUAAUAGAGUAGAAAGUUUGCAUUUUGCUAGAUAGUUCAGUUUGUCUCUUUGGUUAAUUGAAAUUAGUUUUCAAAUAUAAUGUCAUUCUUGUACAUAACAAUGUCUUACAGUAUCAUGCAUUUCUCAUGGAAGCCAUUUUCAUAUUCACUUUCUUUUGGAUUAUUUAUUACUUGUCUCAGAUACAGUUUGGCUUUUUGAAAUGUAACCUUUAAAUUAGAGAUAGUGCAGCAUUUCUCAUGCGUAGUCCCAGGUUCAAAUCCUCUCCAAAAAAGUUGUUCAUUAAACUUUAUUAUCCAGAUUACA